UCACUAUUUUUUUUUUUUUUUUUUCUCUUUCUCUUUCUCAUUCUCAUUCUCAUUCUCUCUUCCCCUCUCUCUAUUCCUAUCCAAGUCAUUCAGUUCAUUACUCUACUCUACCUUAAGGCCAUCUCAUUUUUAUCAACGAGAAUAAUAAUAAUAGGAACAAUAAGACCAAUAAAAGGUCAAAAGUAGGCGCCAAAUAAAGGUUGUGCCGGCCCAACCCAAGCAACAGCGUCCAUUCUUUGACGCGUCGUUAAAUCUCUAUAUUUGCUACGCAGUCCUUGACUCUCACACUGAUGGAUAACAAGCAGUCGGGAAUGGUGACUCCACCUAUUGUCUCACCCCGCCCUAUCCAAAACCAAAAGCCUCUGACUGCAGAUGAGAGUUGGAAAAUCGUCGGUAGUCCACCCAGACGACCAUUACUGUCUCCUCCAGAGGAAAGGGAGCGCAACCGGGGUCUGCAAGAUAGCGACCUUACGACGGUUGAAGGAAACAGCACGAGAACAAUAGCUACUGUAACUUCUACAGUCAAUAAUGACAUUACUGAAUUUGCAGACUCGACUGCUUCAUCAGUUUCUACAGGUAUUGGCAACGAGUCGUCCCCAGUCUCGUCUGCUCUAUCAAGCUUCUCUCCAGGCGGCUCAACACGGCAUAGUCUAACAUCUCGUCACAAUUUGGCUGACCAGAACCAAAAUACAGGACCGUUGUCGUCAUUAAUGGCGCCAAGCACCAGUCAUAUCGAUAGGUUUAUUGCAGGAAAUGGACUAUCGCCUUUUGAUGAAGACUCACCUGCCAAAGAAUCCGAACAGCAGCCUCUGCACUUCAAAAGCUUUAGCACCGGAACGCCUUCUAAUGUACAUCUCGAUGCAGCAACUUCUCUUUUGGACAAUGAUGACGUCGGAUUAAGUCAAUCGCUCACUGGACUUGGACGUGAAGCUACAGUGACUAGUACUGGCCUAAAACAGGGCAGUAUCGGGUUAGAAUCAUCUUUGAGUCGGAGGCCAUAUUUCUGGAAUCCAAUAAAAAACGUAAACAGCCAGACAUCUACUAAGGCCAGCAGCAGUGGUCGUCUCGACGCUAUAGGGCCCAAUAGUGGUAGGACGGCUCGGAGCUUGUCUUUUUCUGAUACUAGCUUUUCGACUACAUUUGGACUUUCUUCAAAUAACCUUACACUGGAUCAGGAAGAUGAGGAUGUAUUGAGAUACAGACCACCCUUGCCCACCAUGGAAGAGGAGACAGAGGAGCCUCUUGAACCACGCAUCAGCCGAACUAGGAGUUUUUCCACAUCUGCGACUCUAGGUUCGAAUGCUUUCCCUACACUUUCAAAUCCAAUGUUUUCUGGUCGAAGCACACAAAAUGCAUUUGAUCUGAGUGAUGGAUCAUUUGCAACGGCAGGAUUGACGAGAGAUGAUGAUAAACCGCCCUUGCAUCGUAAGCUCUCUGGAGGAUUGUCUGCUUGGCCUAACUCCACAGUUUCGGGUUCUCCCCCGACGAGCCAUCGACGUGCCAUGACCUCAGCCUCAAGUUACAACACACAAAUCUGGGAAUCUUCUUGUCCUUUUCAACCAUUAACUUCGCCAGUCAGGAGAGAGCAUCACAUGGAGCGGCAACCCAUACCCCGACGCUUUUCACUUGCACCCUCUUCUGAUUUUCAAACGUAUGAUAGCUUUUUGGAUGGCAUGAAUGCUGGGAACUCUUCAAACAUAGGAAGCUACAAUCGGUAUGCGAAUAAGUGCGAUAAGAGAAGUUGUGUUGUCUGAAGAUUUCUCCACCAUUACUUGAAAUCCAUCAUUUCCGGGGAUAUAUCGUUAGAAUGUGCCCUCUAUUUAGAUUUUGAACUCUGACGACUUUUAGGCUUUUAUUCCCUAAUUCUCUUUACCCU